AUGGUGUCAUACUCCUCUAGGAUACCCCUAUGGUCGCUUUUGCCUGGUGACCACAUUGUCCCAGCCGAGGCUAGGGCUAGUACCAUCGGUCACGCGGCGGAUGAAUUUCCUACCAUGACCGACGACCAAUAUCGGCGCCUUAAAAAUGACUUCAUCGAAUCCCUUGAUCCGAAUGCCGUCUGCGCACUAGCUUCCAAGCACAACAGGGGCAGACCUUGUCGGGUUGUGGCCAAGGCCAGCGGAAGUUUCAAUGUUUGCUUUUUCGUCGAAUUUGAUGGGAAAGGUCCGGAAUGGGCUGUGAGGAUUCCGAUAGAGCCAGCCUUUGAACUUCUUGAAAAUGCGUGGAUCAAGGUUCAGAGCGAAGUCGCAACCAUGCGCUACCUCCAAAAAGAAACACGAAUUCCCGUCCCAUGCGUUUUUGCCUACGGACGCGAUGUUUGUUUGACAAAGUCGCGCACGAGGACGCAGAUGUUCAUCAUCUCCGGGUUUGUCCAUGGUCAUGCAUUGAACAAAAGCCUCUUAGUGGGAGCAGAAGAGCAAGCCCGAAAAAGAUUCUACUCUCAGCUCAUUGAUGUUUUAACUGAGCUAAGGGGCCUCGAGUUCCCUGUCAUGGGCUCCCUCAUGCCGGAUGCGGACCGCGGGUCCUGCCCACACGUAGGUCCCGUUAUCUCCAUGUCUGCUACGACGCUCUUGCAGCCACAUCACAGCGCAGCUGGCCACCCCUCGUUUCAACGCCCCCCUCGAAAGCCCUUUGCUUCCGCCAGUGAAUAUAUGAAGUACCAGUUGAGCCUUAUAUCGGGGUUCUUGCUGCUUCCGGUUGCCGAUCAUACCAUCGAUGACAUCAAAGAAGAGAUGUUCGCUUUUCGCGGCAUAGAACAGAUAUCUCAGGACAUCUUCACUUCACAACUAGAUGGAGGGCCAUUCGUUCUGCACCAUCUCGACUUGCGAAGCGCCAACAUCAUCGUCGACGGAGAAUUCAACAUUAAGGCUAUCAUCGACUGGGAGUUCUCUGGUACUAUCCCUCGCCGGCUCUUCACUCCACCAUCCUGGAUCACGGGCCAUGAUGCUACCGAGACGGACGAACAGAUACAGAUGCACACUGACUUUCGUGCCGUCUUGGACGAGAAGAGCAAAGCCCAUGCUCGCUGUCGGCGGCUUAGAGAGGAGUGGUAUGAUGAGCGAACGACCGCCGAAGCGAACAAGGCAUUUUACCUUGCUCACGUCCUCCGUCGUCCAACCGACGUGACCGACGUGUUUUCCGCCUUUGUUGCUCAGCAACACCCAAACAAACCCUUCGAUGAGCUGGUAUCCCACUUUUUCCACCACAACCAAGCACUUACAUUGGAAGCGCACCGUCGGGCGGACCAGUGCGAAAGAUACACGCAGCAUCUAAAAGACAACGGGUUGUACGAGACUGACCUCGACCGGCUGUUGGCGAGAUCAGAAGCCUUCAAGGCAACAUGGCGUUGA